AUGUCUUCAUUCGUUACAAGGCAAGACAUCUUGAAUUUUCCCUUUCCGUACAAAUUGUGGUUAGUUGUCCAUUUGGAUUUCUACGAUUUUCUACGUUGGAAUCGGGACGGAACUGUAAUAUUGCUUGAUUUAGUAGCACUUGAGGACUAUUUGAACUCGACGCAUUCCAUAUUCAAAAUAAAGAACCGCUCCAUAUUCCUGGAACAUCUUGAGCAGUUCAAAUUUGAUCGAUUGAACGCCACACCGGAAGCGGAAGAGGACUUACUAUUGCAGUAUAAGAACGAAAACUUCCAACGACAUCGCCUGGACUUAUUGGCGAAAAUUCGUCGUCAUACCUAUCAGCUUUUGGGUGAAAUUGAUAAGGCAGAGAAAAAUGUUAGGACAGAUACAACCGUUCAAUUACAGCGCUUAGCCGAGGAACUGAAGUACCGCCAGGUGGCCGAUAGAAUGUUGGGUGAUCUGUGUUUUAUGUCACACGGCGGUUUAUCAAACAUUCAGAAAAGUGGGCUACGUUUCCAAACAAUUUUGUGUUUCCAAAAUGAAACACGCAUUUUGGAAGAGAAGUUACAAGCCUCUGACGAAUGCGCAGCUAUUCAAGCUCAACAACGCCGCCUUAAAUCAGAUGGGCUAGGUCGUGCGGGCGUUGCGUCAGCGGAAGAAGAGCAAGUUAUUGAAUUACCUGUCGACUUAUUUGAGAAUCCCCAUGACUCGGUGUUGCAUUUAGGAGAAGAUUUUCGGCCUGAAUAUGCUGGCUAUUAUGGAAAUUGCGGCAAAGAACAGGUCUUACAUUUCUUUGGAGAUUACUUGCCGAUGUACGAAGAUGGCUCAAUGGAAGUAAAAAAAAUCGUAGCUGAAAUAUGUCCUAAUCAACAAAAUAAUUCCUCAAAUGAACUAUUGGUCGAUAUGGCUCAACCUGGGGAGACAGAUUAUGGGUUGGCAACACCACAGACCCCAUCUCUUUCGCAACAAUCUUUAACUUCUUUGAAUCUGUCCUCAACUUUGGAGCCAAUUUUUAAUAACGACGAUGAAGAUGAUGUAAAUGAUAACCUACCUAAUAGCGAGAAUAAUCCGAAUAUUUGUAGCAUGCGAGAGACUGAAACUGAAAUUUCAAUGGAAGAGUUCAUAAAAUUCAAAUCAAACAUCAAAGAAGACCUCAAAACUAAUUAUACCGAAACAGAAAGGGAUUUUCCGCAGAUGCCAGCAGCUGUAAAAAUGGAAAUUGCUGAUGAAUCAGACUCUGCGAAUGAAGCUAAUUUCCGAAACUUUUUUAGUCAAUACCGGGCAUCCUUAAAUUUAUUAUAUGAACGACAUUAAUGGGAAAA